GCCAACCGACUAGUUGCAAGUUGACUGUGCCGCAUGGAACACGACACCUUACGCGAAUCGAAUGAACUUACGUGAGCUGGCGACGCGACAAGUAAGAGUGAUGGUAAAGUGAAACCGUAUCGUUAAUAAUAUAGUAGUACUCAAGAAAACAGUGUGACUCACCUCGAAACGGCGCUUCCAGGUUGAAUGUUUACGUUUUUUGUUAAGAUUUGCCAUCAAUGAACUUGUGUACGAAUGCAAACAACUUUCAAAAUAACCGUUAACAACAUUCUUGGAUUUAAAAGCAAGAGCAAUGGGUAUGGGUGGAGCGAUGGACAGCUGCGGGAGGUGCAUGAAGUUCUCUCUAAUAUGUAUCAACGUAAUAACAUUGAUUGGCGGGGCUAUAGCGCUGGCCAUAGGACUAUGGGUGUGGACGUCGCGUUCUUUCUCAAGCACGUUGAUGAGCAACAACAUGUUCAUAGCGUCGGUCGGCGUGGUCGUGGCCAUGGGCGUCGCCAUAAUGAUCCUCUCGCUACUGGGAUGUUGCGGCGCCGCUAAGGAAGUCAAAUGCAUGUUGCUCACGUACUACAUUUUAGUUUUCAUCAUAUUCGUUGUGAUGUUAGUGGGAGGGAUCUUGCAGUUCGUGUUCAGAGAGAAGGUUCUGACAACCCUAGACCGUGAGCUGUACGCAUCUGUGCCCUAUUAUGGUGUCAAACACGAGUACACGAAAUCCUGGGACGACACGCAGACCUAUCUCCAAUGUUGCGGAGUGAAGAGCCCUAAUGACUGGCACGGGAAUCUCCCGGAGAGCUGCUGCAGGGAAGCCUACCCUGGGAAGAGAAUAGAUUGCAAAUCCAAUCAAAACCCGACCACGAUUUAUGUCGACGGUUGCCUUGACAAGGUCAUCGAGUUCCUGCGAGAGGACGCCGUGUAUGUUGGUACUGCUGCCAUCAUUGUCGCAAUUAUAAUGUUGCUGGCUUUAAUACUCUCCUGUGGAUUAUUCGUGAAGAUAGAAUGACAGAUUCGAAGAUUUCAUGACAGCUCCUACAAAAUUGAUUGACUGUAUGAUUCGAUGUAAUUAUUGUUAUUGUUUGCUUUGUGUUAUUAACAACGCACCGCGAAAUAUAUCUUCUGUUUUUUUUUAAUAUAAAUUAUUUAAAGUAAUACAAAAAAAUAAAGUAAAAAACAUUA